UGGGCCUAUCGCGAGCCGCGGCGGCUCCUCGCAGGCCUAGGAAGACAUGGCGAAGACUUACGACUACCUCUUCAAGCUGCUGCUGAUCGGCGACUCCGGCGUGGGCAAGACGUGCGCGCUCUUCCGCUUCAGCGAGGACGCCUUCAACGCCACGUUCAUUUCCACCAUCGGCAUUGACUUCAAGAUCAGGACAAUUGACCUCGAUGGGAAAAAGAUCAAACUCCAGAUCUGGGACACGGCUGGGCAGGAGCGCUUCCGGACCAUCACCACGGCAUAUUACCGAGGAGCCAUGGGCAUCAUGCUGGUAUAUGACAUCACCAACGAGAAGUCCUUUGAAAACAUCCGGAACUGGGUCCGAAACAUCGAAGAGCACGCCUCUCCAGACGUUGAGAAGAUGAUCCUCGGAAACAAGUGUGACAUGAACCACAAGCGGCAAGUGACUCGAGAGCAAGGAGAAAAGCUGGCCAACAGCUUUGGAGUGAAGUUCAUGGAGACAAGUGCAAAAGCAAACAUCAAUGUGGAAAAUGCAUUUUUUACGCUCGCCAGGGAUAUCAAGACCAAAAUGGACCGAAAACUGGAAGGCAACAGUCCCCAAGGAAGUAGCGGCAGCGGCAGCAGCAGCCAAGGCCUGAAGAUCGGCCCCGACCAGCAGCAGAAGAAAGCCAGCUUCUUCCGAUGCCUCCUCCUUUGAAGGAGGCACAGCCUUAAUGCGGAACGCGCUCGGCCCUCUUCCGGGAUUUUCUUUCUCACACACUCUUCUCUCGCCGUCUGGCCCAUUGCAAUGGAGGGAAGGAAUCUGCUUCUGUCUUAUCGAGGCGGAUUUCCUCUCUCAAUCUCUCUCUCUCUUUGAAAUUUGCUUGAUUAGGUGUCCUCAAAUCUCACUGUGAUCGGCAUAUCGCCGAAUGAUUUCCCUCGACCGAGGGUGUCAUCGGAAUCAUGUUACUUAACUAUGAUAUUCCCCAGUGUAGUUUGCAUUGCACAGCGGACAAGCGGGAAGGUGACGGUAGCUGGCGGUAAAAAACACCCCCGACAGAUGGCCAUCCGGCUCCUGCUCAAUAAUAAAAAUAAUAAUAAUAAUAUCAUUGCACCCACAUAGUGAUGAAA